GAGAAUUCUACGCGACAGUUUCAAUCGUCUCCGUGCCCUGGGCAUGAUGAGCCCUCUCACAGAGAUAGCCCUGUGGGCUUUGGCAUUCGGUAUUUCCUUCUCCAAUGCGUUGCCUUCGGUACCCGUUGCGACCGAUCCCAUUGUCACAACGAGCACUAUUACGACGGCUGUUCCAUCACUGGUCACUAUCUACUCCAUUAUUCCUGCAACCGACGACUCGAAUGCGUUGUCCACGAUCACAACUACUAUAAAUGGUCAAGAGGUGAUUACGAUCUCUUCCGGCAGCGUAGUCGCGGGCUCCAGCACCAGCACCAUUGUGUCGACGUUGACGGUGACCACUACUGAAGUUGUGGUCAGCACAAUUGGAUACUCGACAGUAUUCGGUCCAGACCCCGAGCCAACGGCGACCCCUGCCUCCACGCCGGCCACGAUCCCCAAUUCAGCGGCACCUACAACGCCCAUCAAUGACCCAGCUACGACGAGUGUUCCGCUGGGAACAUCGACGACUGUGUCCAACGAAAUAGUCAGCUCCUCGGGUGCCAGCACUACGAAAGGGGCUAUUGAGACAGCGAGAGUGACAUCCUCGACUUCCUCGUCCGCUUUGGCAGCUGUAGCAACAGCCUCUGGGUCGUCAGCUUCGUCUGCGUCUUCCUCGCCCUCACUGUCAAGCGGAGCCAAGGCAGGAAUUGGCGUCGGCGUUGUGAUAGGCGUCAUAGGUCUUAUCGUUAUAUCCUUUUUCCUGGGCCAACGAUACUCACGCAGGCGGCGAAACGAAGCCAUUAGCCACUCUCACACAGAUUCUGGCGGCCCAGAUCAGGAGAAGGAUGUUUUCCUGGCUGGUCGUCCUUAUGAAGAAACGAAUCCCGAUCAAUAUGCAGGCGGAUCGACUAGUGGCAAGCAUCAAUCUUCCCCAGCAACAACAGAAGUUGGGAGCACUUCGCCCGGUACGAAGUUUGCCGAUGUACCAAGUCCAGCCGUGUCAUCCUACCAUAGCCCCGGUGGAGAGCUUUCUGCUCUCCCACCACUCAAGGACGACGACAUGUAUGUGGGUGUGCCGAGCUAUAUGUCAGGAUCGAAAAGGUGGAGCAUGAAAGAAUAUGAAACAUGAAGGCGUUCACUUCAGGCACGAGUUUGCUUCAAACAAAAUCGGCUCCGAUCGUCGAUCAGGCAGGGCCAAAGAGGCCAGAGGAGGUGUAUAUCACACGAGUUCCAACUCUUUGGAUGCCCAUCUUCUGGCACAGCUGGCCCUUCGAGAUUGGCUGGUCAUCAUCUCAUCAUCUCAUCAUCACAAAAUGAAGACAACGUGAUGUUCCUUCGCGAGUUUGGAAUAAAUGCUCGGCUUCUGUCCGCGUCAGGGCUGUUGGGCCUCUGGCCUCAAGAGACGCACACUCAGUCGCGAACUAUGAACGUCGCACCGAGUUGCUUCACCGACUCGUCAGCGACGAUCGUCUACUGUUACAAUCGCGCAUUCUCAGACACAGCAUAUUUGCUCCAAAAAUCAGCACUCGCCGAAUUUGGGAUGACAGUGGGUUUGAGAGCUCCCCAGGAUGCUUCCAAGGACCGAGUUCCUCACUGUUGCUUGUAGUCUUUACAUGCGACCCACCUACCUAUUUUUUUUGGCAACGAUGAAAGAGUUUCGAACCCAGAGCUUGUGUUGGACAAGGCUACGCUGGAGUCUUGGGCAGAUUACGGGAAGAAAUCCACAAAGGCCUGGCUGCGGCAGAUCAGCAGUUCUGGCCACGAUGGACCUGAUAAUCAUCCCAAGCGAAGUUCCCGCGGCUGGAAAAGUGCCUGGGUCGGACAAACCCACGUUUUGUGUUCCGGCAGUACCUGAGCGAAUCACGUGUAGCGCUAGGACGGAACUGUGGCUUAUGCUGAAGGUUGAAGAUUUCACGUCUUGGUACAUAGAGCAAUCCAGUCGAU